UAACGUUCACUUCCGGUUCCCAACGCGCAACGGCAACAGCGCUUUAGCUAGCGUUACAGCAACGGCGGGAAGUUGUGAUCGUCAAUUAAACAACAAAUCAACUACAAGAGAACCGACGGAACUGUUAAAUAUCGACACUUCACUAUGUUGUAUUGAUGGAUCUGUAAUCGGAAAUACGCUAACUGUACACUAUCCUGAGCGGCGUGGGAUUUAGCUAACAUGGCUAACGUCGGAAACCAGCUACCAACACAGGCCGUUAGCAAGCCUGCAUCAGGAAAACAUGGAAAUGUAUUGCCCCUGUGGGGCAACGAAAAGACUAUGAACCUCAACCCAAUGAUUCUCACAAAUGUGCUGUCUUCGCCGUAUUUCAAAGUUCAGCUUUACGAACUUAAGACGUACCAUGAAGUUGUGGACGAAAUCUACUUCAAGGUGAAUCACGCUGAGCCUUGGGAAAAGGGAAGCAGAAAGACUGCAGGCCAGACUGGAAUGUGCGGAGGGGUGCGUGGAGUCGGGACUGGUGGUAUUGUGUCUACUGCUUACUGUCUUCUAUACAAACUGUUUACUCUCAAGCUGACUCGCAAACAGCUGAUGGGUCUGAUCACUCACUCAGACUCUCCUUACAUCAGAGCACUUGGCUUCAUGUACAUACGAUACACUCAGCCUCCAGCAGAUUUGGUAGAUUGGUACGACGGCUUCCUGGAUGAUGAGGAGGAGCUUGACGUGAAGGCAGGGGGCGGCUGUGUGAUGACUGUUGGAGAGAUGCUGCGCUCCUUCUUGACCAAACUAGAGUGGUUCUCCACUCUGUUCCCCCGCAUCCCGGUGCCCGUGCAGAAAUCUAUUGACGUGAAGAUGAAGGCCAGGCCUCGGAAAGUUCCCGUGAAAGAGACGCCGGAGGAGGAACCCGCGGUGGAGGAGCCAGGGAAGCAAGGAAAGCAAGGAGAACAACGCGGCUCCAGGACACCAAAACAGACACCAAGUCCAAAAAAGUCCCCCAAACGGUCAAGGAGCAGGAGCCACCACCGCGAGAAAGAACGACACGGCCCCAGCUUUGACCGAGAGCUGGAGAGGGAGCGGGACCGCCAGAAGAAAGAGAGGGGGGGCGGGGAGCGAGGGGACAGGGAGAAACGGCGGUCCCGCAGCGCAGACAGAAACCAAGACCGGAGGGAGCGUAGAAAGAGUGGCAGCAAGGACAGAAAGAACGAACGCAGGGACAAAGAAAGAGACGGCGGGGACGACAAGAACAAGAGGAAAGAGAGGGAACACCAUAAAGACAGAGGCGUAGAGGGGGAGAGGUCCAAAGAUAAAAAGAGCAGGGGGGAGACUGAUGAGAGGAGGCAUAAAGAGGACAGGGAAAGGCACAGAGAAGAGAGGAAGGCCAAAAAGGAGAGCCAAAGUCGCAGUAGAGAGAGGAAGCACAAGAGCGGGGGCGAAGAGAAGAGCAGGAAGAGAGACAGUAGAGAGAGGGAGAGGGAGAGGGACGGAGAACAACGCUCUCACAAACGUAGUGGUAGCAAAGACAGGAGCCAUCAUCAGCGAGAGCCCAAUAAUGACCAUAGUAAACAUAUUGGACGCAGAAGGAGUCAGAGCACUGAGUAAAUGUCACCUGCCAGCAAUAUUACUUCUUCUCCUCUUGUGUUUUCCUCCCCUCUUUUUUACCCAGUUGUUAAUUAGAAGAGAAGAAUGUCGGCACAUUGGACACCUGGAGUUUAUGUCUUUGGCCAAUGUCAUAUUGCUUUACUUUUAUGUUUUUCUGCCUUUUUUCACUCCCCAUUAGACCUUUGUUUGUCUUCACUUGAAAUUUCAAAAGUGGCAAAAAUUGCAUUUUAAUUUUCUAUGGUGCGUCUGUUUGCCCUGUGAAGAUGUGGAUUUGUAAAUACCGUUUCAGAGGCAGUCGACACACGAUCAGGGGUCUGAGUUGCAUUGCAUGCUCAGUCGGGUUCCCAUGGCACUGAAAGCUCAACUAAGAACUGUCGUUAUAUCAUUUAUGCAAUGUAUAAAUAAUAACUGUUGUUUUCAGGCAGUACAAAACACAUUUCUAUAGAUUUGAAUAAAUACACUGCAUUUGUCUGGCGAAUGACAUACAAAUUUGAGAUUAGCAGCCAUGUUGUUAGACAAUGACUACUCAAAGCUACUCUCUCCAUGGUCGUGUGUGUCGUCAGUCUGAGAAUGUUUUAAUCCUCUAAGGGCCGUCUGCAAGGGCUCGUUUUUACCACACACACUGAGCCCUGCCUGUGCUGUGUUUGGGUUAUUGCGCUGUUGCAUUUUGUUUUCUAAUAAAACACUUUUACAAACAU